UUUUGUUCAUUUCGCACUUACUACUUUUGGAAAACAAUUUUUUAAUUCUAGUACCCACAUGAAAGAAAUGAAUAAUUGACAUAUAAAAAUAAGUAAAAUGUCGUAAUAUUAUAAAUGUUUGAAAAAAAUUGUUUUGUUAAACAACAUAUUAAUGAAUAAACAUUGUAUAUUCCAAAAAUAGUAUGUAAUUACAAAGAUACUUUUUAUAAACCCCAAUACAAAAAGUAAGUCACUUUAACCUAAAGCACACGCCAGUGAUGUGCCGACUAUGCCACCUCCUGUGAUGAUCACAUCGUAGGAGCGUUAAAGCACUGCGAGAUACCGAACUUGCUUCAACAAUCGCAGCCAUGUUGUUAUGCUAAAACUAGCAUGUUGCUGACAACACAAUAACAACACUUAUGAUCAAUUACUUGAUGUCUCAAACUCAUGCAAUAAAAAUCUAUUUUUAUUUUUGGCUUUAGAAUGAUUAAUUUAAUUUAUGCCCAUUGGUUUCCUUUGGCAUCGCAAGGCAACAUCUACUCUCUUACUACUCUUCAAUGUCAAAAAGGAUUUAACAAAGUUUUAGUAUCGUCAUUAAAAAGAAAAAUUUAUUCUUUUGAAUAUAAUCAACAUUCUAAGUGGCGAUUAAAACCAUUGGUUAAGGAACUUCUAUUUACUUAUAUUCCAAAUGGUGCAGAAAUCAUUGCAAUUGAUGCUUUCAAUAAAUCAACUUCCGGAGAUGAAUUUGUAAUAGGAAUAACGAUAACUAAACCUAGCGGAGAAACUUCUAUUGAAAGAUAUCUAAACAUUUAUACAGAAGGAGUUGGUGAAGAAGAAAAUAAUUCUCUUGAAGCCAUUGCACAAAAUUGUUUGAUGGUUGAAUUGUCAUAUACUCCAUAUUUAUUAUACCAUACUUUGAUUCCACAUUCAACUGGACACGAGAUUGUAUGGCUUAUAUCAGGGAAUGAUAGUAAAAUUCAUAUGAUUCGAGAAGAUAAACAAAAUCACAGUUACAAUGAAUCACAAAUAGAAAAAUAUUUUCCUGAAUUAGAUCAAUUAAAAGUCAUUGCACUCUGGAUUGACAUUUAUUAUUAUGAAGACUUCCAGUGGAGGCUAACUGCAGUUUCUUGUGAAUGUGGAUUGUUUAAAUUAUCUAAAGUCAAUGUGAAAGAGUUGGAAAUUGCGCAAACUUGGAUUCUGAGAUAUGAUAAUUCAGUUUGCAGUGUGAAAAUUUUUCCAUCUGUGAAUAAAGUACCUAAACCUGAUUUUCUUGACAUUAAAUAUGAUAAUAAACAGGAUACCAAGUUGAACAUUCUUUUAACUACAGGAAAUCUAGCAGUCAUAUUUCAAGAUGUCCUGAAAGAAGAAAUGAAUUCAGACAUAACUUUGAGUGGUAAUGAAUUAACAUCAGAUUGUAUAUUAUGCUCAUGUAUAGCAGAUAUAAACAUGGAUGGCCAAAAUGAAAUUUUGUUAGGUACUUACAAGCAAGAAGUAUUAAUAUUUGCUUUUAAAGAUGGAUUGUGGAAAUUGAUUGAUAAAAAGCUUUUUGAUGCUCCAAUUUAUUCUAUGACUUACAUAGAUUUAGCUGGUGAUGGAGUUAAAGUUUUAGUUGUUCUUACUCAACGAAGUGUUCAUAUUAUGCAGCAUGAUACUAAAGAAGUUAUGAAAAAAUGGAAAGAAAGAUUUGCUAAGUUAGGAUUAUUAAUGGAUAAGAAUCUUAUUGGCAAGAGAUAACUUCACAUGCAAUUUCAAUUAAAAUAUUUGUGACUUAAACAGAAAUAUUUAUAUUUAUAUACUUACAACAAAAAUAAAAGACAAUGUAAAUAAUAACUAAGAAGUUCUUCAGUAUAACCAGUUAAAAAAUAAAUUUUUCUUGGGUCAAAGCCCUGUCUUAUAACACCAGCUAUUCUAACUAAAUUAUGAUGUCGUUUAAUUA